CUACCAGCAGCGACCCUCGCACACUUUGCCGGUAAUACGGCUACAAUCUUUCACGAACCUUAGUAUACUCUUUACCAAUUCCAUCGUUAACAACAUUUCUACUUCCACAUGGGCACGCCUAGAGCGUAGGUCAACGGACCCUCGCUUGUACAUGGUAUUGACGCCAAAAUUGUAGUAAUCGAUCCACCUUGUACUUGAUCUCCGCGGGAAUGGAUACGGCGGCGCAUCGACUUUUUCUAAGGAAUCAGCUUCGCCCCCUAGGCCGGCUCCUCGCCGCCGUUUUUCAUCUCCCAACCGCGACCGCCGAUGAAGAGCGAGGACUCGCUCCAAAGGAAGGCAUGGAUCUCCCAUGCCGAGGUUGCGCUCUGUGUUGCGAAAUCACAACUUGCCUUAACAUAAUACAUCUGUCUAUAUUUCUCUCAUCUCUGUCCGUAAUCUGUUACUCACACGAUCAAUUUUGCGCGAUCCCGAGCAUUGUUGCCGACCGCAGGCAGAGUCAUCAGAAAGCUCGAACGAAAAUAAUAGCUGUAGAGUCAGAACCUUCCCGAGACAUCGUCCUUCUCAAAGCUGUCUACGCCACACCUUUGGGUGUUGUCCACACCCUGACUACCGCUAAGGAUGUGAAACACAAAAGAUCCGCCUUUGUUAACGAAGCAUGACUUGAAUUUGUACAGCAUUAAUCCAUAGUCAAUGCUAUACUACAUCUAGUACGGAUACACGACAGCAACGCUACGCCGUUUUCAA